AUGCUCAGCUCCCUCAAAUCGGCAUUGCAUUACCUGAGUCUCUAUGGGGUUUUCAAGGAAUAUUCGCGACGCCGGACGGGCACCAAGGGACGGAAACUGAGGCAUCCCUUGACCCUUCCACUGCCAGACAACAGGCCACUGCCUGUCCAUCGGCGGAAAAAGUCCCAGCACCAACGGCGGCAAGACUAUCAGCCACAGACUGAGUCGGUUUUCUUUAGAUUGCCGCUGGAAUUACGCAGGCAGAUAUACUCCUAUGCCUUUGGCGGAAGGGCUGUAAAAAGACCUUCCGUGGUGAGGCAGAUCGACUGGCACGGGGGAGGACAUCAACACAAUCACGGUUACCAUCACCAGCAGCAGCACCAUGUCCCGCAGCGAAUACGGUGGGCGGAUAUUGUUCCAAUCGCAUUGCUCCAGACGUGUCGCCAAAUCUACACAGAGGCCAUCGAAGUGUUUUAUGCAGAGGCUACAUUCAAGGCGUUCACUCCGGUAGGCGUGGACAAGAUGUUUGUGGGCACCCCAAGCCAACGCAUGGAUUCGGUUCGUUCUAUCUGGAUCGACAUCCGUUUCGCAAUCACUUGCUCCCUCCAAUGUGAUGGCCUCGAAGAAGUCUUCAACGAAGAUACGUGGGCGGUGGCCGUGCGGUCAUUCUCGAGGCUCCCUCGUCUUCGCGAUAUCCGGAUCUCCUUUCUCAAGGACGUGCUGACAGGGGGUGAUUACUGCGCAUACCUGCUGGAGCGAUACGUGCUGCCAUCGAUGGCAGUGAUGACAAACAUUCCCAAGUUCGAGCUGAUUGUGAAUUUCGAAGUAACGAGCCCUGAGAACGCACCGUUUCGCAUCCAGCGAAUCCGAACACCUAUAUUGCGCUGA